AUGGAUCCUCGUUCUCAUCCCUCGAGACCUCCAUCCACCUCUCUUCCUCAAGGCUCGGCUCCAUUGUCGACCAUGCCGAUGCCUCAAUACCCCAUGCAGCCUCAAUAUCCGGUCUCCCAGCCGCACACGCUGCCUCCGUUGCAGCCGCACCAUAGCCAGUCGCCGGCACCGUACAUGGGACAGCCGUACCGGCCGGACAUGUCCAGGUUCCCGACGACCUCGGGUCACGAUGUUUACGCCGCCUCCACGGCGCCCAUCGCUCCUCACACCUCCGUGAAUAGCUUGCCGCCGUCGUCUUUCCUCACUCACUCGGCGCAGCAGCCGCAAUCCCAGCCGCCGCAGCAAUUCCAAACGCCUCACAGCUUGCUGCCUCCGACUUCCAAUGCCCAGACCUACCCGCAACCCAUUGCCCCUGCGCCACCGCGUGAUCGACGCCCGGAUUUCGCGUCGAUGCCGUCCGGUGCCUUCAGUCAUCCCGAGGGUAAGGGCCCAAUGUGGGCGGGCGCGGAUGGCAUGGCGGGUGCAAAUGGUCUGGCUCCUUAUCCUCCUGGAAAAGAACCGCCGCGAACUCAAGUGGUGGGAUCGCAAGGCCGCCGUGGAAUUCUCCCCAGUGUUCCCGGUCGAGCUGCUGUUACAAACGGGGUGAACGGGACUGCGAAGAACACGACUAUCCCCGCCAAGGAUGCCGACGGGAAAUUCCCAUGUCCUCAUUGCAACAAGACUUACCUUCAUGCGAAGCACCUCAAGCGUCACUUGCUUAGACACACCGGCGAUCGUCCAUACAUGUGCGUUCUUUGCAAGGACACGUUUUCGCGAAGCGAUAUCUUGAAGCGUCACUUCCAGAAGUGCUCGCUGCGGAGAGGUAACCCGACGGGAGCGAGUCACCUCUCGCAUCCCCAAGCACACCUGAAGCGGUCUCAAGCGGCUGCCAAUGCUGCAAAACCCGUUCAGGACGAAGUCAGUAGCUCCAUCCCGCCUUCCAAUGGCCUUGUGGGUACGACAUUCGGCGAAGGGUCCGUGAAUGGCCAAGCGCUGGCUGCCACCAGUCGGCCUGGCUUCACGGAGCAGCAGCCUCUGGGAUUUUCGAUGUCUUCUGUCAACGGGAUGAACCCUGGCCAGGCAGACCAGAGAGCAUCCUGGAUGGCUGCUCCCAAGCAGAACCCGUACCUCGUGCAGCCUGGUUCUGAAGCCAAUGGCCAGCUGAAUAAUAUUGACCGUCCCCCGCUCGAGCAGGCAAAACCUCAACCUCAACCUCAACCCCAACCUCAAGCUCAACCUCCCAUUGUCCAAGACCCCAAGCGUCCGGUCAUGCCCGGACAGCAACCGGGACAGCAACCGGGACAGCAACCGAACCAGACCGGUGAAAUUGACUGGACGACCAUGUUCCAGCCCGGGGCACCCGAUGGAUAUAUGAACCCGGUCUUUCCGCAGUCCAUGGCACCCGGCCACGAGCCCAUCAACACGCAGGUCGACCCUGACAGGAAAUUCUACCCGGCCACGACCGCUGGACAUCAGGACGGUGGAUUGAACGGGCUGUAUCUAGCCUCGACCAGCUUGGGCGGUGACGGUAUGCGUGAUCCCAACGGUGUCCAGAGGGUUGAGCAGACACAGCCACAGCCACAGGCACAGGAACCUCUUGCCACUUAA